UGGUAGCGGUGGCAGCCGUAAGGCGCAGCUUCUGGAGAGUGGCUCUUCCCUCCUCCUCCCCCCCCCCCCCGGUCCGGUGGUGGCAGCUCCUCCCACUGGGGGGGGUGGUACGGUGGCGGUGGCUUCUACGGCCAUGGCGGCGAGUACUGCUAACCCCGAAAUGACAUCAGAUGUACCAUCACUGGGUCCAACCAUUGCCUCUGGAAACCCCGGGACUGGGAUUCAAGGUGGAGGAGCUAUUGUCCAGAGGGCUAUUAAGCGGCGACCAGGGCUGGAUUUUGAUGAUGAUGGAGAAGGAAAUAGCAAGUUAUUGAGGUGUGAUGACGAUCAGAUGUCUAAUGAUAAGGAGCGGUUUGCCAGGUCGGAUGAUGAGCAGAGUUCUGCGGAUAAAGAGAGACUUGCCAGGGAAAAUCAUAGUGAAAUUGAACGGCGACGACGGAACAAGAUGACAGCCUACAUCACAGAACUGUCGGACAUGGUGCCCACCUGUAGUGCCCUGGCUCGAAAACCAGACAAGCUAACCAUCUUACGCAUGGCAGUUUCUCACAUGAAGUCCUUGAGGGGAACUGGCAACACGUCCACUGAUGGCUCCUAUAAGCCAUCUUUCCUCACUGAUCAGGAACUGAAACAUUUGAUAUUGGAGGCAGCAGAUGGUUUUCUGUUUAUUGUCUCAUGUGAGACAGGCCGGGUGGUGUAUGUCUCUGACUCAGUGACUCCUGUUUUGAACCAGCCUCAGUCUGAAUGGUUUGGCAGCACACUCUAUGAUCAGGUUCACCCAGAUGAUGUGGAUAAACUUCGUGAGCAGCUUUCCACUUCGGAAAAUGCCCUGACCGGGCGUAUCCUGGAUCUAAAGACAGGAACAGUGAAAAAGGAAGGUCAGCAGUCUUCCAUGAGGAUGUGUAUGGGCUCAAGGAGAUCAUUUAUUUGCCGAAUGAGGUGUGGCAAUAGCUCUGUGGACCCAGUAUCCAUGAACAGACUGAGCUUUGUGAGGAACAGAUGCAGGAAUGGACUUGGCUCUGUGAAGGAUGGGGAGCCUCACUUCGUGGUGGUCCACUGCACGGGCUAUAUCAAGGCCUGGCCCCCAGCAGGUGUUUCCCUCCCAGAUGAUGACCCAGAGGCCGGCCAGGGGAGCAAGUUUUGCCUAGUGGCCAUUGGCAGAUUGCAGGUAACUAGUUCUCCCAACUGUACAGACAUGAGUAAUGUUUGUCAACCAACAGAGUUCAUCUCCCGACACAACAUUGAGGGGAUCUUCACUUUUGUCGAUCACCGCUGUGUGGCUACUGUUGGCUACCAGCCACAGGAACUCUUAGGAAAGAAUAUUGUAGAAUUCUGUCAUCCUGAAGACCAGCAGCUUCUAAGAGACAGCUUCCAACAGGUGGUGAAAUUAAAAGGCCAGGUGCUGUCUGUCAUGUUCCGGUUCCGGUCUAAGAACCGAGAAUGGCUCUGGAUGAGAACCAGCUCCUUUACUUUCCAGAACCCUUACUCAGAUGAAAUUGAAUACAUCAUCUGUACCAAUACCAAUGUGAAAAACUCUAGUCAGGAACCACGGCCCACACCAUCCAACACAAUCCAGAGGCCACAGCUAGGUCCCACAACUAAUUUACCCCUGGAGAUGGGCUCGGGGCAGCUGGCACCAAGGCAGCAGCAACAGCAAACAGAAUUGGACAUGGUGCCAGGAAGAGAUGGACUGUCCAGCUACAAUCAUUCCCAGGUUUCUGUUCAGCCUGUGACAACCACAGGGCCAGAACACAGCAAGCCUCUUGAGAAGUCAGAUGGUCUAUUUGCUCAGGAUAGAGAUCCAAGAUUUUCAGAAAUCUAUUCUAACAUCAAUGCAGAUCAGAGUAAAGGCAUCUCCUCCAGCACUGUCCCUGCCACCCAACAGCUAUUCUCCCAGGGCAACACAUUCCCUCCUACCCCCCGGCCGGCAGAGAAUUUCAGGAAUAGUGGUCUGGCUCCUCCUGUAACCAUCGUUCAGCCAUCAGCUUCUGCAGGGCAGACGUUGGCCCAGAUUUCUCGCCACUCCAACCCCACCCAGGGAGCAGCCCCUACUUGGACCCAUAGCACCCGCCCAGGCUUCUCAGCCCAGCAGGUGGCUACCCAGGCUACAGCCAAGACUCGUUCUUCCCAAUUUGGUGUGGGCAACUUUCAGACUCCAUCCUCCUUCAGUCCCAUGUCCCUCCCCGGUACUCCCACUGCAUCACCUAGUGCUGCUGCCUACCCUAGUCUCACCAGUCGUGGAUCCAACUUUGCUCCUGAGAGUGGACAGACUGCAGGACAAUUCCAGACACGGACAGCAGAGGGUGUGGGUGUUUGGCCACAGUGGCAGGGCCAGCAGUCUCAUCAUCGUUCAGGUUCUAGCGAGCAACAUGUUCAACAGCCAUCAGCACAGCAACCUGGGCAGCCAGAGGUCUUCCAGGAGAUGCUGUCCAUGCUGGGAGACCAGAGCAGCAGCUACAACAAUGAAGAAUUUCCUGAUCUAGCUAUGUUUCCCUCCUUUUCAGAAUAGAACUUUUGGGGUGAGGAUAGGGGUGGGGGAGAAAAAUCACUGUUUUUAAAAAGCAAGUAUUUCUGUAAACAGAAUAAAAGUUCCUCUCCCUUCCCUUCCCUCACCCCUGACAUGUACCCCUUUUCCCUUCUGGCCUUCCCCCUGCCCUCCUUGCUCUCUGAGUUAACUUUUAUGGAAGAAAUGGAAUGAAUCCCCAAGGCCUUUAGGACCCUUUGAAAAUGUGAGAUUGGGUGAGGUUAGAAUGCCUUUCCUUAUGUCUCCUGACCAGAUGUUGUGCAGUGAUUAUUUAUGUUAGGGUCAAGAGGCAGAUUAGAAGAAUCUGACAUCCACUAUUUGCCUUGGAUACUAUAGCUUGUUUUUGGAAAGAAAUUCUGAAUAGAGGGAAGGAAAGGAGGAGUAUCCUCAUAUUCGAGGACCAUGAACCAUGGUAGGUAUGUAUGUGGCUUUAGGAAGUGAGCAUGGGCUCUUUCUGCUGCCUGUGAGCAAUUCCUGUGGAAAGAAACAUGUAUGUGAGAGAAAGGAAGAGAGUGAGAGAGAGUGUGUGUGAGAUAUUGUGUGUGUGUGUGUGUGUGUGUGUGUGUGUGUGUGUGUGUGUGUGUGUGUGUGUGUGCGCGCGCGUGCUUCUGUGUUUCUCUCUCCCUGUUGAGUGUGUGUGAGAUAUUGUGUGUGUGUGUGUGUGUGUGUGUGUGUGUGUGUGUGUGUGUGUGUGUGUGUGUGUGUGUGUGUGUGUGUGUGUGUGUGUGUGUGUGUGUGUGUGUGCGCGCGCGCGUGCUUCUGUGUUUCUCUCUCCCUGUUGGGGAGUUAUGCAAAAUUUGUCCCAGAUUUUACCUUUGUCUUUCUAUGUACUUUUCAGAGAGUCCUAAGGAGUUAAUUCCUCCAGGUAUUUUCCACUUAGUAUUGCAGCCAAAGAGCAUUUAAAUAAAUGUCUUUGCUGCACUUACAUCUAUGCUCAGCCAAUAUGCAACUGUAAAGCAAAUAUAUAAAGUUUUCUGUUGUUGUGGUUGGUCUCUCAUCAAACAUAGUGAUAAAGCUGGGUUACUCCUGCUUUUGGUGCUCUCACCUUAUCUGGAAGAUCUGCAAACAUUACUGAAAUAGGCUGGCAAAAUAUACACCCUUCAGAACCCCCAGACUUAGCCAUAAGGAUAAUGCUGCAUUUUUUUCUGUCAGAAUCACAUAUGAUAUGUGUUCUGUAGAGGUUAUUUCUGCAUGGAAACUCAACUUCUUGGAUUCGCAGUCCCGGUGAAAAGCCUCACUGUUGGAGUAUAAACCAAAUACAAAAGCCUUCUUGCAAAGGAGCCUCUUUCAUCCCAUCCCCAAAGUAGCCAGUUUAUCAAGAAACAAAUUUAAGUCUGUCCUGGGCCUAUAUUUCUUUCCUGUUUGGUCCAUCUCCAAUCUUAAUUGGGUUUUACUUUAUAGUAUAAGUAUCACACUCCAUGUGACAUGAGGAAUCUUCAAAAAGUUCAUGGGAAGAUUUGUAUUAUCUUUUAAUUCUGUUUUACCAUGAAUUUUUUGAAGUACCUAGAUGGCACCUGGACUCCCAUCCCAACAGGGUCACUUGGUAAAUAACUAUAGCCAUAUAAAUGCGGACACAGUUUACUACUCACCCUCAAUCUUCCUCAGGUUACAGUCACAUAUAUCAGCCUUUUUAAAAAAAAAUUGGCUCUGGCCAGUAUCUAAGUGCAAAACUGAGUUAAUAAGGAGAAGGCAUAUUAAAUGUAGUCAAGGGACUGAGGAGCACUGAUGGCUUUGGAGAAGCUGAGGGAAUGUCAUUUACUGGGUUUCCUUCCCUUUUGUCUCCACUCUGGUGUCUGGUAGUGGAAUCGAAAAGGAGACAGUUUAUUUUUUUAUUCUAUGUGCACACAUACAGUAUACAUAUAUAUUUAUAUCACAAUUUACGAAACCAAAAAGUUGAGUUUCCAAUGGAAUCCUUGUUUUUUAAUAAUCGACUUUUUAAAUGUGAUCAGGACUAUAAUAUUGUACAGUUAUUAUAGGGCUUUGGGGAAGGGGAGGGUAGGGAAAAGAUGCUCUGGGGGUUUUGUUUCUGCUUUUCCUUCAGGGUUUUAUUUUUGAUUGUUUUGUUUUUUUCUGUUGGCCAUUUCCGUAUUGCUGGCAUCCGUGCUAAGCCUUACAGUGGCAAAAAUAAUGACAUGUAGCAAAGAUUUUAAAACUUAAAUAAUUUUUCCUUUUGUAAAA